GUGUCGAACAGAGUACGAAAACAGAGAUGAAGCUACCAAAGGAGAUGAGACUACUCGAAAACAAUUUCAUGCCUUUGUGCUCUUUUUAGCUGAACUUUACCUUAACCUAGAGAUUAAAGGAUCAAAGGGACAGGUAACAAGGGCAGAAAUUCUUCAAGAAGGCCUUCGGGAAUUACUAAAUGCACUGUUCUCUAAUCCUGUGGACAGUAAUUUGAUAUGUGCAGUGAAACUGCUGAAGUUGACAGGCUCAGUUUUAGAAGAUGCCUGGAAAGAAAAAGGAAAGAAUGAUAUGGAAGAAGUGAUUCAAAGAAUUGAAAAUGUUGUGUUGGAUGCAAACUGUAGCAGAGAUGUGAAACAUAUGCUUCUGAAACUAGUAGAACUGCGAUCAAGUAACUGGGGUAGAGUUUAUGGAACUUCUCCACGUACAGAAGCUACACCUGAAAAUGACCCAAACUAUUUUAUGAAUGAGCCAACAUUUUAUACUUCUGAUGGUGUUCCUUUCACUGCAGCAGAUCCAGAUUACCAAGAAAAAUACCAAGAGCUGCUUGAAAGAGAGGAUUUGUUUCCAGAUUAUGAAGAAAAUGGAACAGACCUAUCAGGACCUGGGGAUCAGUAUUUUGAUGACAUUGAUGAUGAGAUGGAUCCAGAAAUUGAAGAAGCAUAUGAAAAGUUCUGUCUAGAAUCAGAACACAAGCAAAGACAGUGAGAUGUUACACAUUAAUGUUAGUUUAUUAAGCCACUUUAGGUAUGGUUAGAAUACAGGGGAACAUAAAACAUUUGUACCAAAAUAAGGAACUUGAGUUUCUCAAAGCACUAAAGUUAUACAAUUUCCACUUUAACAGAAUCUGCCAAAAAUUGUAAACUUAUGCCCUGUAACUUAAAAUGUUGUGUAUAUAUCAUAGUUUAUUUUAUGUACAGGUAUAUGAACAAUGUUUUGGCUGCAAUAAAAAUGAUUUAAAAAUUACCAUAAUUGAAAUUAAAAUUUAAUGUGGAACUGUCCCAUAAAACUUCACUUGAGGGAGAAAGGGGAAGAAUAAAUUGAUCUAAAUUUAAUCGCUUGUUUGCUUGUU